AUGAAACUAAUCCAAUUAAAAAAAUCUAAACUAUAUUCUACUUUAAUAAAAAUCCAAAUAAAUCUAUUUCGUUUUGAAGUUAUCAUUAAUAAAAAAAGAUUUGGUGUUAUUUAUUCCAUAAUGUUUCCCCUUAAGAUUGACAUGCAUGAGUCCUUUUAUUCAGGACGAAGGAUUGAAAGAAAUUCUCUGAAGAAUUUGAUAUUUGAACUAUAUCAUCAAUUAUACCAUCGAAAAACAAUAGACGAGAAAUCAACUUUUAAGUUAAAAGCAACAGAAACAAUAUGAUGUAUGGUUUGAUGCUUUCAAAUGUUGAGCUUACUAUGAAUUCCAAGUCUCGCAAUCGCGUAUUGGAAAGAAAAUAUCACACUAUGAAAAGCUAUUGGGUAUUUUAGACUUGAUAAUGUAUGCUCUGAAUUUGGGAUCAUUAAGUGAUGCUUUUAUUCAUCAAUUAUGAUUACUUUUAUUCUCAUUAUUAGCGUUGCUUUUUUAGCUAUCAGUAUUUAUUUUUCUUGAACUAUUCCAGCAUUAUUUGGUGCAUUUAAAUCAUUUUUCAACUUUUGGCAAAUUUAUUUUUUGAUACCUUCUGUAACUCUAUACUCAAUAUUUUUAAAAUAUGCCAUUUUGCCAAAAAACUAUAUUUCAGAAUACAAAAACAACAAUCAUUUAGAAGACUUUGAAAUAAGUGCUGUAUCAGAAGUUGCAAUAAUUUUAUCGUUAAUAAUAGAUUUUAUUUUGCUUUAUUUUUUUACUCAAUUUUCAAGUGAAAUUAGACAUUCUGAAAGCAGAAAAACUCUAAAAGCAAAGGCUCAUUCAAAAGUCGAUAGUCACAUAGCAAUUUUUACUUACUUUUUGCCAAUCCUUUAUGUCUUUUGCAAUGAAAAUUAUAUGGUAUAUUUCCAAACUUUUAUGAUGAUUAUUUCAGUAAUUAUAAUGAGAGAAUCUGAUCUUCUUCUGCCUAAUUUUUCCCUUUAUAGCAAUCUGGCACAAGCUCUAAAAUUGUUUACUAUCUUUUUGGCUUCUUUUGGGUUUGUGUUAGGAUGUGCAAUUGAUAAUUCAUUGGUAAUUAUUUUUAUUGUGGUCAUUUUAUUACCUAUUUGUGCUGUCUUUGUGAUACAAUUUACUAUAAAGCUUCAUAAAAGCAUUAAUACUGAUAUUUUUAGAGAUAUAGCAGAAAUACAUACUAGAUAUGAACUAGAGAAGCGACUAAGGCAUUGACUAUGCUCAAAUGACACUGAUCACAAAAACGAGAUAAUUCGCGCCUUUGAAAAAUUUUAUAUCAAAAACAGCUCUGAGAGAGAUAAACUCCAAAUUAUUUGGGUAGUAAAUUACUGCUUAUAUGCACUUAAAGAUGAGCCUCUAGCAAGAGUUAAACUAAGAAAAACAAAAACUAUUUCAAGAUGAAAUUUAGAAGCUGAUUUUCAAGAAUACUUAUUAAAUAAAAUUCUCAAUGAAUCUUCGACAAAUGAAUGCUUACAAUUUUUAAAUUAUUUUCAGCAAAUAAAUAUGAUAAAAACGAAAGAUUCAAAACUAUGUGUCUCUUUAUUGACGUUUUGAGAACAGUUAACUUCAUCUAAACCUGAUAUUAAAGGAUUGACAAAUAGACUUAACUGGAUUGAUGAAACGAUUUCUUAUCUUAAUAAUCAAUACAAGCGGCUGUUAGAGGAAUUUUCGGAUUCUCAAGAAUGCUUAACCCUCUAAUUUAAAGUAAUUUACCAAAAAUAUGAAAAUUCUGCCUAUAUUUUGUCAAAUUUAAAGAAGGGAGUUAACACUCUAUACUUCAUAUACAAAAGAUAUAAUUUAUGAUUAUGAAAAAUCAAAUUUACUAGAAAUUAAACUAAAAGGAUUAUACAAUACCAAUUAUGCAAAUCCAGAGUCAACGAAAUGCAGCUUUUUGAAUAAUUCUAGAGGAAUUUUGAUAAUAUCUGGUGAACCUGAUAAUUUUGGCCGAAUUUUAUUUUCAAAUCCAAGAGCAGCUGAAAUUAUGAAAACUUCUGUUGAUAAUAUAAAAAAUUUUAUUCAUCAGUAUUACUAUGAAAGCUUUAAAAAAGAAGCUCAACGGCUUAUUCAUUAUGGCUCGAACUCUGAAAUUGAUUUCAGUAAAGGAUUCUUUUUAAAUAUUCCAGGAAAAUAUUUAAUAGAGUGUAGAGGGAAAGCAAUAAUUACUGCUAUUGAUUGUUCUUUUGCUUUUAUAUUAAAUUUUGAGACAAAGAAUACCAAGCACCAGACAGUGCUUUUAACAGAAACUGGAGAGAUUUUAUGUUAUUUUUAAAUUUAAAUUUUAAUUAAAGUUCCUGGCUUGCUUGUCUAUUGCUAGCGUAGUAAUUAAGGAUCCCCUAGGGAUUUCACCCUCUUUGUAGUAUCGAUAGGGAGAACUUUUUAUAGUUUGGAUGAUUAGCCUGGCGAGAAUAGGGUCGAGCACCAACUUUCCUCUUCUUCACGCCUGAUGCCAUGGCAAAUGCAAAUAGUGUUCUGUGCCUCCGUCUCCUGCUUGUCUUGAUGACUCUAGUAUUCAGUAGGAAGGCCAUGGAUAUUUUCGGCAUGCUGAUUGGCGUGUGAAGGUUGUCCACCACACAAAAAUCAGGAAAAAUUGGAAGCCCGAUGGGUAACUCUUGGUUUCAUGUUAGAAAGUUGUCCGAAUGGUCUUGGCAUUGUCUUUAGGCACUGCUGAGCUUUCCUUUUCUAUCUGAAGCUUCCUUCCCCUCGAAGUAAAAUCUAAUCAAAAGGCUGACUAGGGCUAGUCUCUGUACACUACUGUCCAUUUUUGGGUUGGGAAACCUUGUCGGAUAUAAAUAAAAUACGCUUAAGGCCGCUUUACCGGAAACAAUGCCAGGUCAAGACCCAUUUUUAUUUAUGAUUUUAUGCUACUCAGAACACUUUCAUGAAUUCGUUGGCAAAUACAAUAAAAACUUAAUUGGCUACAAUAUUAAGGAUUUAUUUGCUGAAGCAAAAAUAUCUGGCAAUAAAUGAAUUUUACAUUCAAAUACUAAAGAAACAAUUUUAGUGAUGUCUUGUGCACAAGUUUAUAACUUAAAGGUCUUUUAUGCUACACUAACAAGUAAUCAUGAAAAUAUCAAAAAAAGAAAAAAUAAAAAUAGCCAAUAUGACACUAAAGCAGAAGAAAUAAUAAAUGAAAAUCUUUUAAGCCCAUACGGAUCCAAUGAACGAUCUUAUAGAAGUUACCAAGUAUCUGAGGAAAAAUACAUAAAUUCAGAAGUCGAACUAAUUCAUCCAUUUUCUAUGGAAUCUUCAGAAGUCAUUGGAAGCCUGCAAUCAGAUGCAAAAUCACAAAUUCCGAGCCAAAAAAAGUUUUUUAAAAUGCUGGAAAUUUCUUCAAGGUCAAUAAAUAUAUUGCAUCUUGCCUUCAUUUUAUCAGUAAAUCUUAUAUAGAUUAUCGCUGUUUUAAGCACAAAUAUUGUGGUUCUUUUUUAUGCUUUUUCAUAUAUCGAUUUUAUAAAAAAUAUGGAUCUUUCUAUGGCUAUAGCUAAAGCAGAGUCUAGAUUACAAAUUGCUGCUUAUAAUUCGCAAUUACUUUUAGAAUUGGCAUAUAUAAAUGACCCUAAUUGGUAUCAAGAUUUAUUAACUGCAUGAGAAGGACUGCCUGGGUAUGUAAAUGAUGUUAGAGAUAUUUAUAUGGAAAUUAUUUCUAAUUUAUCAAAAUGAAACUACUGCGCAGGUAACGCAAUUUUGACUGAUAAAAGGAUAGAUGUGUGAGAAAAUGACUACAUAAAAAAAACAAGCUUAUUAGAUAUAUCCCUGUUUGCCAAGAAUAGCUUCUGAUUCGCCAUUCUUAAAAUUGGGUUAGCCAGAAAAUAUGGAUGCCAACGAAUUUUGCAAGCCAGCUAUUGUCGGCCAACCAAAAAAUACUUCUUACUCUCCCCCCAUUUAAUAACGAAUACUUUGUUUGUUCGUUAUUAAGUGGGGUCUAUGUUAUAAAAUUUUUGGAAAAAAUAUAUAAAAUUUAUAUAAAAUAUCUAUGAUUUUUAUAUAAAAUUUCAAUUAAAGGGUUAAUAAAAGGAGUCAAAUGAUGACAACAGAAAGAGAAAUCGCCUAAAUGAAGGCGAAAAGACAACUAUUGCUAACUCCCCCCCUCCGUGAGCUAAUAAAACCAUUAGAAAAAUCCCUUACUCUCUAUGAGCAAACAAAAAAUUGUUUAAUAGAAAAUUUUUUAUGGAAAAAAUUUUGAUAUAUAAGCGAUAAUUAUUAUAAUGAAAUCUCUGGAUAAUUCUGUUUAAUUUUAAACAAAUUGCGUUUUAAAAUAUAAAUUUUAUAAAUUAAAUUAAUAUAUGCUUCCCAAUUUUUGCAAAUUAGGAAUUUUUUAAUAGAAAAAUUUUUUAUGGAAAAUAUUUUGAUAUAUAAGCGAUAAUUAUUAUAAUGAAAUCUCUGGCUAAUUCUGUUUAAUUUUUUAAACAAAUUGCAUUUUAAAAACAUAAAUUUUAUAAAUUAAAUUAAUAUUUGCUUCCCAAUUUUUGCAAAUUAAGAUUUUUUUAAAUUUCGAAAAAAAAAAAACCCCCCUCCGUGAGCGAACGAGAUUUUUUUGUUCGCUCACGGAGAGGGGGAGUAAGUGCCAGCUUAAAAUUAAGCUACUAGUAACUUAUUAGCUCUUAUUUAUUAUUCUUUGCUCGAUUAUACUUGUCCUUAUCUUACUCUAACUACUUAAAAUUAGUAAACUGUAGAGACUAAAUUAGCUUAUAUAAAUUUUAUAGUAAAUUUUGUUCGUUAUUAAUGGGGCCUAAAGAAAAAUUUUUAGGAAAAAAAAAAAUGAAAGUUUUGUUCGUUAUUAAAUGGGGGGGGAGUUAGUGGCUAUUCUUGGUAAAUAAAUAUACUUUCUCAAUCUGCUCAAUUUGUAUUUUUUAUAUAGGGAUAUGAUAUAUUAAGAAAGUAUAAUAACUCUGAAGAUUAUACAAAAGAGGUUAGGUAUUUGAAGAUGGCUGGCUUUGGAUAUGGAUAUCAGUAUUGCAAUAGUUCUUUAUAUGAAAUAAUUGAUUGCCAAAAAUCAUUAAUGCUUGAUUUUAAAUCAGUAAUGCUUAUUCUCCUCAUUUUAGGAAUAGGAGUACUUGUUUUGUGUUUUUUGGUAAUGAUUCCGUUUUGUUAUUCUGUAAUUAAGAUUGAGAACAAUCUUUGGAGUAAUUUGAGGAAAAAAGCAUAUCGAAAUUUCUCAGAAAUGAAACAGUCACUUUUAGAAAGGCUAAGAAAUGUUCAUUCCCAGCCUGAACUUUUGACUAAUAAUAGAAAUCCAGAUAAUACAAGAUUCUUCUUCAAAAAUUAUUGAAAAUAUAUAUGAAGAAUUUGCAUAUACUUUAUAGUCGUUAUAGCAUUUUCUUUACUUAAUAUUACUUAUUUCUAUGAAAAUUGCACAAAUUAUUUAGCAUAUAGACCUGAGGUGCUUCGAGAAAUUAUUCGCACCAAAAUAUAUAUUAAUACCCUUGCUGUCUCAGCAUCAGAUAUGCAGGAUUAUAUGGCAGGUAUACCAUUGAAUUAUUUCUUUGACAUUCAUAAUUACCCAAAUACUCAAAUAAAUUUCCAAAAAUCUAUUUCAGAGCUUGCUCCUCAUGAUCAAGCAAAACCAUUAAAAAUUUUCCUAUUUUUCUCAAAAAAAAGCUAUUAAAAAAUAUUAAAAAUUACUAAUUUUUUUUGCUAUGAGAUUUUACUCUAAAUUAUAUGAUUUUUUUUUUAAAAAAAAUUAGGCCACCUCAGUUAGUGAGCAAAACGAUUUUGUUCGCUCACAGAAAUGCUAGUUAGAGAUUCGAGAUCAACAUUAAGAAACCCGAAAUAUUCACCAAUUCUAUCGAAUGAUUUUAAAACAAUGUAUUAUGAAAAUGAUAGUCAGCCUUAUACACAUUAUUUAGAUUACGGCACUUAUGUAGCUGAAGAAGAGCAGAUAGAUUAUGGUUAUAUUAUUGCACAUUUAAAUGUCACUAAUGAUGCAUGAAGAUGAUGAUAUUACAAUAUGACACUUUUUAGAGCAAAUUAUGAUAAAUAUGCUAAUAUAAUUGAUAGCUAUUCUCAAAAGGUGAUCGAUGACCAAGUAAGCAUUAUUGUUACAGCAUUUUCUAUUUUUGUUGCAAUUUCGAUUGUGGUAUAUUUUUUGCUUUAUUUUGUGUUUUUUAAGAAUGAGAAGAAAUAUUUACAGAAGAUCAAUUCAAUGAUGAGAAUUAUGCCAGUAUAG